AUGUCCACCACUGUGCAUCCUGAGGUCACAUGGGCUCAACGCUCCUCCGAUUCGGAGCCUGAGCGCAACUACCUCUACGUGAACCUCAAGACCCCCGACGUUCCUAAGGCUGAUGCCAAGUUGAACAUCACUCCCACCAAUGUCUCUUUCACUGGCGCUUCCGGCAAGGGUGUUACAUACUCUGUCUCCCUCGACCUUUACGGCGAGAUCGACCCCGAGAACAGCAAGGUUCACCACACUGACCGUGAGGUUGAGCUCGUCCUCCGUAAGAAGGAGCUAAAGAUGGAGUACUGGCCCCGUCUCUUGAAGGAGGCUAAGAAGGCUCACUUCCUGAAGACUGAUUUUGAUAAGUGGGUGGAUGAGGACGAACAGGAUGAGGCUGCUGAAGAUGACUAUGCCAACAACUUUGGUGGAUUCGGUGGCGAGGAAGGUGGUGGUCUCAGCAAUAUCGACUUCUCCAAGCUCGGCGGUAUGGGCGGUGCCGGUGGUAUGCCCGACCUGAGUGCUCUUGCCGGUGCUGCGGGCGGCAUGCCCGGUGCUGAGGGUGCUGAGGGUGAUGAGGAAGAUGACGACCUUCCCGAGCUCGAGGAGGCCGAUGGCAAGUCUAAGAUCCAGGAGGUCUCCUAA